GCCCGUCCUUGAGGCUCGAAGGACCCGCCCCUUUCUCCCCGCGGUGCCCCUGGGCCCGGCCGGUUUCGGUUCUGCGCAGGCCGGGUGCUCCCGCCGCUCGCCCCUUUCCGGGACCACAGGACGUGGCCCCCGGACGGGACAUGGCUGGGCCGGGGCACCGCUCCGCGCGGAAGCCGCUGCUGAUGAAAAUAGUGAUGGCCGGGGAGUCCUGCGUGGGGAAAACCUCCAUCGUGAGGAGGUACACGGAGCCCAGCCCGGCCGGGCCGCCCCGCGCCGCCUCCUACAUCGCCACCGUCGGCAUUGAUUUUAAAGUAAAAACAAUAACAUUUAAUGAUACAACAGUGAAACUUCAAAUAUGGGAUACUGCUGGUCAGGAACAAUUCCAUACAAUUAGUACUAGUUAUUUUCGUGGCGCACGUGGCUUUAUUCUGGUGUAUGACAUAACAAACUCAGACAGUUUUCAAGGUAUAACAAGCUGGAUGAAAGAUAUACACGAGAAAGCAGAUGACGAGGUGGAUAUAGUACUGUUGGGUAACAAGUGUGAUAAGGAGACUGAACGUGUAAUUCCAAAGCAUAGAGGAGAAAAGCUUGCAUGGGAAUAUGGUAUACCUUUUUUUGAAACCAGUGCUACAGAUAACAUAAAUAUUGAAGCUGCCUUUUCAGUAUUGGUCAAAGAAAUAUUGGACAAGGACAUUUUUCAGUCAUUUUCUGGCCCAGGUCCAUGCUUUGAGUUCCAUGACGCCUAUUCCCUCAAAGAGGUAAAGAGAGAUCCCUUUCAACAGCUGGCCUCUGUAGCAAGAAACAUAAUUCCUGCGUAUUGUGUGACUUAGAUGUGGUGGAUCUAAAUGAAAGUAAGAAAAAGAGAACUUGCUGCCAAUUGUGAAAUGUCACCUGCACUUCUGUCUGUCUUCAGAAAAUGUUCACUAUUUCAUAGGAAUACACAAAGGUGUUAAAAUGAAUUUGAUUAUUUAGGCAAUUUCUGUAUGUUACAGAAAUCUUGCUGCUGUAAGUAUUGACAUUUACAAUGCUACGGUACUGUAUAUACAUGAAUGUUCUAUUUCCUAGUUUUUAAAGUGAAGUUAAAUCAAUUAUUUGCAUUUAGGACCUUUUAUGACCAGCACAGUGGGACUAUUCAUAUAUGCCAGUGUUUGCAGGAAUGGGACCUAAUGUACAAUCCUUCUCUUGUUGAAGUUAAUAACCUGCCUUCAUUUUUUUUGUCUGUCUCUUCACAUAGUGAACCCUACAACAAGGGCCCCUCAGACAUGCAACCCUCUGAUCUAAAUGACCAAUUUAAAAUAUUCCCAAGGUUUCCAAUACAGUCUGAAUUAAGUUUAAAUUAGAGACAUCAUCAAUUAAAUUAGAGACCAUAACUGAGAUUCUGCCGUGUCCUUGGGUGGUCACUUAACAUACGUUUCUGGAUGGUUUUGGGGUGGGUUUUUUUUUUUGAGGUGGGGGGGGAAUUGGUUGUGUUUUUGUUUUUUUCCAGUGGAAAGAGUUUGUAUUGUUUUGUAAUACCAGUGCAAAACGAGGUGUAACAGGACCAAAAGAGAAAAGAAAAACUUAUCUAAUGUACAUACAUUAUACAGACAGACUUUAGAAUGAAGAAAAAAACAGAAGUUGAUAAAUACAUGUCUUUACACUAAUGUAAUGUUACACACCGUGUGUAGAACACCAAAUAAUCAAUGAUUAUUAUUUACUGGACUCUCAAUGCUAAGAAAAAGACUUCAUCGUGUUACACAUGGAUGUAUGCAUCCUCUUAAUUUGUACAUCAGAACAAUGGAAUGUUUCCAGUGGUCAAUAGAUUGCUGAUAAGAAGUUUAUAGUUUUGUAAAAUAAUUGUAAUGGAAUAUUUUCAGUAUGUUAAAGUUUUCUAAUGUUCUUAUCAAUUUGUUCCUUUAUACUAGAUGAUCUGAGUAUUAAUAAAAGCAUAU